CUUAGUAAACAAUCGUUUGAACACCGCGUCAGUUCGUAUCCAUUGGUCGUCCGGAUUAAGACGUUCUUCAGCCGUCGCUUCAGCAAAAGCCUUCUUCUUUCAUGUUAUUAUAUGCAGAUUUGUGUGUGGUGCUGUAGUUGAAUCGCUCUCAAGUUGUACCUUCUUCUUCUUCGGUGCCUUCGUGUACCCCGCUGAAAGUGUGUCGUGAGUUUCAAGUUAAAGUGGGAAAACACUCGAAACGGGAAAAAUAAUAUAAAAAUACAAAGUGACAUAAUAAUUAUCGUCGUCAUCAUCAUCUGCCAGAGCAAGUCAGCAGGUCUUGCGCGCGCAUCUUCAGCGUUGAAAGUGAGAGUAGUGUGUACGACUUGCUCUACACCGUACUCGCGGGCUCGCACACCGCGGGAUAUCGAACCAGGACUCGCCAUGUUUCCACGGACCUCGUCGUUCGCGGUGCUGAUCAUCAUAUUUGGAUACCUGCUAAUUAUAGCCAUCAUCGCAACGCUGAUCACCACGCAGGAGGUCACCUCGAUCUCCGUAUCGGACGGCAACGGACCCCGGCACCUGCGACCUCUUGGACCAGUUCCACCCCCUCCGCCCGGACCGAACCAUCCCGCCCUACGGCGCUACGCUUCCGGAGUUAAAGGACUUGUCCCCGGUGGUGGCGGAGGACGACCUCCACCUCGACUUACGGCCCGGGUGGACAGCCCGUCGGUCGUUGGGAGCAAUUCGACCACCGUGGAUCGGAACCGGCGGCUCAUUCCGUACAUGACGUUCUACAUCCCGUCCAGCAACGGGGAUUUUAGUCUGCCCAUCAAUCAGGCGUACAAUUAUAUGCCCAUUCGCUCCCAACCACGACCCCAGGAGCAAUCGCAACCCACGCAAUAUAUCCACCAUCACCAUCACCAGGGAGGAUCCGGAAGUCAGCACCAAUCGCCGCAGUCCCACCAAUCGAGCAAGUCUCCGAUCCUAUCGCUGCAACAGUACCAGACUCGACUUCCCCAACAGCAACAACAGCAAACCUCUUCCCUGUCCGGACUCGGCGGCGAUCUACCCCUAGUCUACCAGUCCUACCAACCUCAGAUGCAUCUGCGCUAUCAGAGCAGUUCUUCCGGAUCUUCGUCGACCUCCUCGCAGAGUCAACCGCUCAAGACGAUCCUGAUCAACAACGCGCCCAUCCAGUACGAGUACACCCAGCGCCACCAACCAAGCUCGAGCUCGUCCUCGACCUCCGGGUCAGGUCGCGACCCAAAUCUACCGCUGCUGUACAGUGCCCGCAAUCAGCUUCAGCAACACCAGCAGCAGCAGUUCGCACAUCCACCGUCGUCGAAGCUGUACGCGGUUGAGCAGCCCAAACCGCAACCCUCGGUUCAGUCCAACGGGAUUUCGGGCGGCGGUUCGGUGAAUCUGCUGGUUACGCCGACCCCGGCGCCGGUCACCAGGAGUCCGAUCAAGUACCAGCAGGUCUCGGCCUACAAAAAGUACCAAAUCAACCCGUUCCUGCCGUCGAACAAGCUUCCCGGAUCGUUCACCCCUCUGUACGGAUCAUCGUCCGGCUCCAGCGGAUCAACUCACCACAUCCUGGACGAAAGCAGCGAAGAAGAGGUCAACCAACCCCAGCCAACCUACAACAGUCGACCCGCUCCAAAACCCCAAACAACGUACGUCCUGGUGAAGCCCUCCCCGGAACCAAACCAACUCUACUACCAGGAGAAGCCCGCGGGACUUCGAACUCCUCCGUCGUACAAGGAGAAGCCGGCUUCGACGCCCUACCUGGACGAGCUGGAGAUUUACAAGCCGAUCCCGAAGCCGGUCACAAUCGCCAAGCCGUCCUACCUGGACGACGAUCAGGACGACGACGAUCGCGAGUACUACAAGCCGAAGCCGGUCGUCCACAAACCCAACUACGAUCACGUGUACAAGCCGCCGGUGAAGCCGGUAGCGGUUCCGAUCCCUGUCGCCGUCGAGUACUCAACGCCAAGACCGGUACCAGUCCACGUGGAGUACUCAACUCCGCGGCCACAUCCGUUGAUCAAGGAUACCUACUACGUUACGACUACGGCGGCUCCGCCGCAGGUCACCUCGACGAUCCGCCCCAAGUACUCCGUACGGCAGAAGCCCCACCACUACAAGCCAAGCUCCACGAAGGCUCCUCCCCCGCUCAGGCAACACCUCACCGAGAAGCUCCAACCCGCGGACAUCCGAUCGCCAGGUCCCAACUACUUUGACCACUUCUCCGACUACAAGUCGUACGUCCAGCAGACCUACCAACAGCAGCGACCUCAACCGAACUACAUCCCAAUGUCCAAACCGACCAAGGUCACCAAGCUGGUUCCGGCCCCACCCGAGGAACCCCAAGUAACCUACCACAAGCCAGCGCGCCCAAUCUACCACCACAAACCGUCACCCCGACCCGCGACCCCAACCCAGAUCGUCGACACCGCCAGCUCCUCCGGGUCAACCUCCCUCGCCGACCUGCUCAAGAAGCUCCAGGACAGCAACCACCUCCCCAAGACCCUCACCCCGGACAACAUCGACAACUCGAUCCGCACCCUGGUCAAGAUCCUCAACAAUCUCAAGGCGUCCCAGCAGGUCCACCAACAACCGUCCCAAACCUACCCGGACCAGGACUACCAGGACUACCAACCCCCCGCAGGGGCACCCCCUCCAAAGUCCAAGAAACCCCCGAAGAAACCUGUCGUCGACGACGACGAGUCCAACUCCGACUCCCCACCCACCGGCAAAGCCCCCCCUGGACCAACCUCGGGCCGUCCCGGCAUCGACUACCCGAACCUGGCCGAGAUCCCCGAAACCAGCUUCUCGUGCAAGGAGCAACGCUACAAGGGCUUCUUCGGCGACCCGGAGACCAACUGUCAGGUGUGGCACUACUGUGACCUGAACGGGGGCAAGGCCAGCUUCCUGUGUCCGAACGGGACGAUCUUCAGCCAGGUGGCGCUCACGUGUGAUUGGUGGUUCAACGUCAAGUGCUCGACGACGGCGCAACUGUACGUGCUGAACGAGCGGCUGUACAAGUACAUUCUGCCGUUUACGCCCAAGUUUCCCGAGGAUUACAGCGGACCGCUGGUGGAUAAAUACCUCGCCAUCAAAUUCCAAGAGAUGGAGGAAAAGAUGCAAAAGCAGCGCGCCAAGGGCAAACCGGUUCCGAUGGCCCGCCCGGAAGCGGAAAACGACGACCUGCACGGGAACAAGCUCGAGGACAACGACAACCGGUACAACCAGAACCAACCGCACCCGAUCCAGUACGUGACGGAGAACUCCAUCGAUUCCGGGCCGAGCACCGCUGCGGCCCUGACCGCGACCACCCCGGUCACGCUGGAGGACAUAAACGCCGAGUUUGAGCGUGGCGGGGCGCCGGAAACGAGCUCGCCGAUCGUGGUCACGGCACCGAGUUCGCCCGGGGUGGAGGAAGAGACGGAAUCCGGGGAGGACGCCGCCGAGGGGGAACGGGUGACGGCGGCCAAUCCGAUGGUGGUGCUGGCGGAAUCGGUGCCGUACUAUUCCGCCGGAAGUGCAGGUUCCGAAGUGGCCGGAAGUUCCGUGCGGCCGGUGCAAAGCUUGCGGGAGGUUCGGAUUGAGGUUAAGAACGAUGGGACGAGCGGUCACUUGACGCCGGACCGGGGCUACGACGAGGAGCGGAAGCGGAAGUGAUGAGAGGGCUUGCUGGAUUCUUGCUUUUCUGUGAAUAGUUGAACCUUUUGGACGUGAUUAUUUUUUGCGGAAUUUUGCGUACUUUUUAGAGGAGUUUUCGUAUUUCUGGAAGAUUCUCCCCGUUUGAGAAUUUCCAACAGUUGUCCAGAGAUUACGCAACUCAAAAUUUUGAGGUUAGAAAGUACGCAAAAUGGCAAAUUACACUAGAAAAGCUAAGGUUUAAUUUAUAUCCCCUAUAAAAAAUCUUCUUUUUGUAAAAUAUUGCUUCUAACCUUAACGAAAAAAAAAAAUACUCUUCAAACCUAACCUAAAAACAAUCAUCGCAUCGUCGUAAGUUAUUUGUCGUCGCCCCCCUUCAUCGUGUCACGCUGCGGAAUUGUUCCGGAACCACCACCUGUUGAGCCGUGCGAGCCAACGGGAAUAGAUAUCGAACUAGUUACCCACUUCAUUUGCUUCACACAAAAAAAAAAAAAAAAAAAAACUGCGUCAAAAUAAUUAUCAAUACAAAACAAAACAAUCGAGUUGAAUGUAUCAGUGUGAGCGUGAUGGACUGGUUGUGUUAGAAAGAUUAGAAAAAAACAGUGAUUUCAAUAAUUUUUUGACGAGCUUCGCGGAGAAAGCUCUUGGAGUGACUGAAAAUAGUAUACUUGGCUUUAGUUUUGUUAAGAGUAAAGUUUAAAUUAUAGAUGGCGAAAGUGAAGCGACAAACGAAACCCUGUGGAAGCCAUAUUAGGUUCGUUUUAGCGAUGAGAGAAAAAAUAAACAAAUAAACAAAAAAAAAAAAAAACACGUUGCGAAAGAGUUGCGCGAGAACUGAGCGGUUUUUGGAGUACUUUUUCAAAAAUAUUAAAUGUCAUUGGACAUAAGAAUCAAACUAUGAGAUAAAAAAAGGAUAACAAAACUGUUUGAGAAGUACUCCAGAAAUCAAAAGUGAGAAACGAAGAAGAAAUAGGAACAAAAAUCGAUUUGUAAGU